CGCGCCGGGCUGGACUGUGUCCCUGCCGUGUCCCUGCUGUGUCUGUGUCGUGUCCCUGCUGUGUCUGUGCCAUGUCUGUGCCGUGUGUGUCCCUGCCGUGCCUGUGAACAUCCGUGCUGUGUCCCUGCCGUGCCUGUGAACAUCCCUGCCGUGUCUGUGCUGUGUGUGUCCCUGCCGUGUCCCUGCCGUGUCCGUACACAGCCACACGCAGUGACACCCAUGUGGCCCAUGCUGCUGCUGCUGCUGCCAGUGGCCUUGGCCACGCUGGCCCUGGCCCGGGUCACCUACCGGCUGCUGGCCCCAUCUGGCAACCCCUUCGCAGGGCCACCCCUGGAGCCACCACGGCCACUGGUGACCGACCAGCGCGCCCGGGACAGGGUCCUGAAACAAGGGUUCAGUGCCCGGCGUGUGCCAGACCAGCUGGACGCUGUGGUCAUCGGCAGUGGCGUGGGGGGCCUGGCGGUGGCUGCCACCCUGGCCAAGGCGGGCAGGAGGGUGCUCGUGCUGGAGCAGCACGACCAGGCCGGGGGGUGCUGCCACACCUUCCAGCAGCAUGGCAUCGAGUUCGACGUGGGCAUCCACUACGUGGGGCAGCUGCACGAGGGGAGCCUCCUGCGGGUGGCCCUGGACCAGGUGACAGACGGGCAGCUCUGCUGGCACCGCCUGCCUGACCCCUACGACGAGGUGACCCUGGGGCCCCGACGCUACCUGCUGCGCUCGGGCAAGGUGGCCUUUGUCACCGCGCUGGAGGAGCAGUUCCCCGCUGACAAGGAGGCCAUCAGGGAGUUCAUGAGGCUCUCCAAGGUGGCCUCGCGGCACGCGGCGCUGCUGGCCCUGCUGAAGCUGUCCCCGCGCUGGCUCGUCACCGUCCUGCUCCGCUCGGGCCUCCUGCCCCGCCUGUCCCCCGUGUUCCGCAUGGCCACCACCAGCCAUAGCCAGGCCGCGGCCCGGCUCACCUCCAACCCCGACCUGCGCGCCCUCUUCGGCUACCUCUUCUACGGCACGGCCCCGAGGGACUCGAGCUUCCUGGUGAACGCGCUGAUGGUUCACCACUACCAGCGCGGGGCCUGGUACCCACGGGGGGGUGCCAGCGAGGUCGCCUUCCACGCCGUGCCCGUCAUCGAGCGAGCGGGGGGGGCCGUGCUCGUGCGCGCCCCCGUCACGCGCGUGCUCGUCAGCGCAGCCGGCACCGCCCUGGGGGUGGCGGUGCGGGCGGGGCCCGGCGAGGAGGAGCUGGAGAUCCGCGCCCCCCUGGUCAUCUCCGACGCGGGGAUCUUCAACACCUUCGGGAAGUUGCUGCCCCCCCAUGUCCGCAGCCACCCCGGUGUCCGCUCCCGCCUGGCCAUGGUGCGCCCGGGCAUGGGCUCCUUCCUGGUGUUCGUGGGGCUGCGGGGCAGCGCGGCCGAGCUGGGCCUGCCCCCCACCAACUUCUGGAUCUACCCCCACAACGACCUGGAUGCCAUGAUGACCCGGUACGCCGCCCUGAGCCGCGACGAAGUCCCCGAGAACUUGGCCAUGAUGUUCAUCACCUUCCCCGCCGCCAAGGACCCCACGUACGAGCAGCGGCACCCAGGCAGGUCCUGCAUGACCAUCCUGACCAUGGCACGCUACGAGUGGUUCGAGGAGUGGGCAGGGAGCCGCCCCCGCCACCGCGGCCCCGACUACCAGCGGUACAAGAUGGACAUCGCCCAGCGGCUGCUGGACAGGGCCCUGCUCCGCUUCCCGCACCUGCGCGACAAGGUGGAGUUCGUGGAGGCGGCGUCGCCGCUGAGCAACCAGCACUACCUGGGGGCGGCCAGGGGGGAGAUGUACGGCACCGAGCACGACCUGCGCCGCUUCAGCCCCGCCGCGGUGGCCGCCCUGAGACCCGACACGCCCGUGAGGAACCUCUACCUGACAGGUGAGGGGCUGUGUCCCCACGUCACGUCCUGCUGUCCCCGUGACCGGCUCCCCGCUCUGGAUGGUGUCCCCAGGGUGUCCCUGCGGUGGGUGGUGGCCACAUCCCCCAUGGUGGUGGCUCUGUCCCGCCCCGGGGGUGGCCGUGUGUCCCCCGGGGUGUCCCUGUCCCACGGUGGCUGUCCUCAGGGCAGGACGUGUUCUCCUGCGGGCUGGCGGGGGCCGUGCACGGGGGGCUGCUCUGCGCCUCGGCAGUCCUGGGCCGCCUGCUCUACCUGGACCUGCUGCUCCUCAAGAGGAAAAUCAAGCGGCGCCAGGGCCGGCACACGGCCUGAGGGGACAGCGGGGACACCUGUCCUCGGGGACACCUGUCCUGCAUAGCCCCGGGCUGGGAGCGGCUCCCAGCUCAAUAAACCCCGAUGUCCCAG